CACUGUGUCAUGAUAUUCUGGGGUAAUUAACACUGCACAGAUAGUAAUGAAAGUGCCAGAAUGAAUGAGUCAUGUUAGGCCUAAUUACAAGGCGCACCAGAUUUUAUCAAUUUUAACAUAAACGGUGUGAUAGUGAGGUUGGGGAAAUGAGUCGUAUGGUUGUUAAAAGUGAUACGUACUUGAGUUGUGUUACUGUCCUGUUGCCAGCAACCCUGGGGGGAGGUGACGUGACAGGUGGGUCUGUGAUUGUGUUCCUGGACUGGCAGGUCAGGUGCCUGAAUGAAACCAAGUGGGACUUCAGAGCUCACCAAGGUAACCCGAAUGCUUCACCUGCGAAGUCAAGUGAUAAUUACCCAGCCUGUGGUGGUAGCAACCCAUGUCUUUAACAUCCUACAACCCGACCAAAGAUUACGCUCCUACGUUGAAACUGCAGAUAACUGAAGCCAGCAUGUCUUCGUGGAGUGAGAAGCUCAAUGCCGACCUGUCUGGAGCGAUGGAUGGCAGCACCAUGAAGAAGUACCGACGGGAGGCUUACCACCGGGUGUUUGUUAAUCGCAGUCUGGCCAUGGAGAAGAUUAAAUGCUUUGGAUUUGACAUGGACUACACCCUGGCAGUGUACAAGUCUCCUGAAUACGAGUCUCUGGGCUUUGACCUGACUGUUGAACAUUUGAUCAACAUUGGGUACCCACAGGAACUGGGCAGCUUCGUCUAUGACCCUAUGUUCCCCACCAGAGGCCUGAUUUUUGACACGUCACAUGGGAACCUGCUGAAGGUGGAUGCCUAUGGGAAUAUCCUGGUGUGUGCCCAUGGCUUCAACUUCAUGAGAGGGCCAGAAAUAAGAGAGCAAUACCCCAACAAGUUUAUCCAGCGGGAUGACACGGAGCGGUUCCACAUCCUCAACACUCUCUUCAAUCUCCCCGAGACCUACCUGUUUGCCUGCCUGGUUGACUUUUUCACCAAUUGCCCCCGUUACAAAAGCUGUGAGACCGGCUUCAAGGAUGGCGAUCUCUUCAUGUCCUUCAAGAGUAUGUUCCAGGACGUGCGUGAUGCUGUGGACUGGGUCCACUACAAGGGUUCUUUGAAAGAGAAGACUUUGGAAAACCUGGAGACCUAUGUUGUUAAAGAGCCCAAACUGCCGCUGCUGCUGAGUCGGAUGAAUGAAAUUGGCAAAGUGUUCCUGGUCACCAACAGCGACUACAAGUACACCAACAAGAUCAUGACCUACAUGUUUGACUUUGGACACGGCCCACAGCCUGGAAGCCCUCCCCGGCCCUGGCAGUCGUACUUCGACCUGGUUGUGGUGGACGCGCGGAAGCCACUCUUCUUCAGCGAGGGGACGGUCCUGCGGCAGGUGGACAAGACAACUGGCCACCUGAAGAUCGGCACACACACGGGGCCUCUCCAGCAGGGCAUAGUGUACUCGGGAGGAUCAUCGGACAUUAUGGGGGACUUGUUGGGGACGAAAGGCAAAGACAUUCUCUACAUUGGCGACCACAUCUUCGGUGACAUCCUGAAAUCGAAGAAGCGGCAAGGCUGGAGGACGUUUUUGGUCAUCCCCGAACUCGCACAGGAGCUGCAUGUGUGGACAGACAAGAGCACCCUGUUUGAGGAACUGCAGAGUCUGGAUGUGUUUCUGGCCGAACUCUACAAGCAUCUGGACAGCAGCAGUAACGAGAGGCCUGAUAUCAGUGCCAUUCAGAGACGCAUCAAGAAAGUCACUCAUGACAUGGACAUGUGCUAUGGGAUGAUGGGGAGCCUGUUCCGCAGUGGGUCCCGACAGACUCUCUUCGCCAGCCAGGUCAUGCGUUAUGCCGAUCUCUACGCAGCCUCGUUCAUCAACCUCCUGUACUACCCCUUCAGUUACCUCUUUCGUGCUGCCCAUGUCUUGAUGCCCCAUGAGUCGACCGUGGAGCACAGUCAAGUUGAUAUUAAUGAUGUGGAGUCUCCGAUGGCAACACGCAACCGUUCGACCAGCACCGUAGAUAUGAAAGACACCGAGUUCAAAUGGCAUCACCUGACCCGGUCCGUCAGCGAAAUCAAACCUCCCAAACUCUUCCCACAAACUCCGCAAGAAAUCACACACUGCCACGAUGAAGAUGACGAUGAGGAAGAGGAAGAAUAGUGGCAGUGAACUCCUCUACCCUGAUUCCUACCCCACGGAACUGACAGUCUGAGGCUUGCAGGGUAAUGGUUGGUGAUCUGGUUCAUGGUGAUUGUAGUGAAAUAUGAGGGAUUUAAAGGGACAACGGUGUUUUAACGCUGGAAAAUAAUGGCUGAAUGAUGCUAACUUUUUUCCAUUUUUUAAGUGAUUUGACAAUAUACAGAUGUUUUAAUAACAGGUCAGAGGUUUGCAUUGAGUGUGUGCUGAUGGAUAUGGUGGAGUGAUUGUAUAGAACAGAGAAGGAAGUGCCUGCACACUUUGGCCUUAUCCAUUGAUUUAUUACAGCCCAGGGUAUGUGGAAAAUGCUCAGUUACAGGCCUCUCGCUUGAGUGGCCUGAACUGUUCAUGGAUCUGUGUGGCUUGUUUACGGGGUAUCAGUUUUAAAUCAGGUAUUGAACUAUCUGUUUGAAUCAAAGCACAAACUAGUGGGUGUUUACCCCGAAUGGAGAGAGGGCUCGCGCGGUGUGCCAGGCUCCUCCUUCACUGCAGCCAUGUGUACAUCAUGCCUUGUGACUAUGCAAGUUAGCAGGAACUAGUAUCCACCUAGGGGCCACACGAUGAGGAACUGCUGCUUCCUGCAUUUCUUGCGUCUGCUCUGGAAUUGGGUUGGGAGCAGGACUGGAAAGCCAGGCUGGACCUCCAAAGAAUCAAUUUUGUCUUCAGUGCAGUUUGGUUCCCAUUUGGAUUAAAAAACAAUCGUGGAUAGAAUUGAUGGUUUCAUUAAUAUAACGUUUAAUUCCUGGAGGAAAUGUAAACAUGCAUAGUAGAAUAGAGGGUUCACUCUGCCCCAAUCCCUGGGAGUGAGGGAUGGGACAGUGUAGAGGGAGCUUCAUUCUGUGUGUGACGGGACGAUGUCGGGGAAGCUUCACUCUGCCUGCCACCUGCAGUUACAUUGCCUUCUGUUCACUGUGUGAACUGUUUGAGCAAGGUGGUACAGGACCGUGUGACUGAGCUGUUCCACACCAGCAGUAUAGCUUUGACUAUUUGUUACAGGGAAGAGUAAGGAGUUGAGAGCCUGGACCUGUAUAAAAGGAGAAACUAUCGUAGGAUGGAUGCUCUAUCUUGUCAUACACUCCGAGGAUAGUUUUAUCCUGGACAUGUUUCAAUCAAGCUCCCUAUGCCUGGUUAUAUUUCCUAUUUCCUCAUAGAUAGAUGCUUGGUCUAUCUAAAUUCCAAAACUCUGACAUUCGGUGAUAAGUUCUCCUGAUCUAUCACAAGUGAACUCUGGCCCCAGUUCUGAAUCAUCUAUGCUGUCAGUAUGAAAGUUCAGCAAGUUCGAUGGGUUCAGAUCCCACAAGAACCUCGAGUCUUCUGAGGUAUUAGAUGUGUGGGGAUGCUCUCUCCACUUACAUUGGUUUAGCCAGGUUUAGAAUUCUGGUUAACUGCAGUGUUUCCUCAAAGGGCAGUGUUUUUGUGUGGGCCUGGCUCCAUCUACCAUGUGAAAAGGUGCUGUGGAUUUAACACCCUAGCUUUCACUCAUGCCUUUUAAUUUUGGCCCAACUCAAAGAUGUUUGAAAAUAACGUCGUCAGGUUACAGCUGCUUGCAUCCCUCCAGCCAUCUGUACUUUGCCUGCCAUUCACUGAGGAAAUUCUCUAUGAGAAUGUUCUUCCAAUUGUGUUUAGCAGCAAGGGUGGACGGCCAGUGACACUGUGGAGCUGAGUGACGACGUGGACAGAGUGAGCAUGUUUUCAGCCCUUGUCCAUCAGUACCGAAACAUUCAAUAACGUGAACAAGCAGCGCAGAGAGGAGAACCACUUCACAGCAAACUGGAGGAAGAUUCGUUCAGGCUCCGGUUCUGAGCAACAGAACUGCAUGCACUGUGCACUGAACAUGUGUGGUUUCUGCAAGUCGUCUGUUCAGACUUUCUCUUCCACUGUAAAAAUGUAACUGAUUCUAUUUGUAAAA